CUGCUCUUUUUAGUUACUUGGUUAUCUGGGAACUUUUCAGAACAUAUCAAGGGGGGAAGAGAGAGAAGGCAAAGAUCCGUGGCUCUCCAGUCUCGUUUUGGCAAGACCAACCAUGAGCAAAGGACCUGGACUCUUCGCCGAUAUCGGCAAGAAAGCCAAAGAUCUGCUGACCAGGGAUUAUAAUUCUGAUCAGAAAUUCAGCGUCUCUACUUACAGCGAUACUGGAGUGGCCCUCACAUCAACAGCUGUGAAGAAAGGAGGACUCUUAGCUGGGGAUGUUGCUACACUGUACAAGUACAAGAAUACUACAUUUGAUGUUAAAGUUGACACUGAGUCCAACAUUUCAGCAACCUUGACAUUCACCGACUUGCUUCCAUCAACAAAGACUGUUGCUUCGAUCAAAUUACCUGACCAUAACUCUGGCAAGUUGGAGUUUCAAUAUUUCCACGACCAUGCAACUUUCACUACUGCUGCUGCUUUGAACCAAUCUCCAGCAAUUGAUGUUACAGCCACCAUUGGUACUCCAACAAUUGCUUUUGGUGCUGAGGCAGGCUAUGAUACUACUUCUGGUAGUUUCACGAAGUACACUGCUGGCAUCAGUGUAACCAAACCUGAUUCUUAUGCUUCAAUAAUUUUAGGUGACAAGGGAGAUUCUAUUAGAGCAUCGUAUGUGCAUCAUCUGGAUCUGCUGAAAAAGAGUGCUGCUGUUGGGGAGAUCACAAGAAGGUUUUCCUCUAAUGAGAAUACUUUUACUGUUGGAGGGUCAUUUGCUGUUGAUCACCUGACAGUGGUGAAAGCCAAGCUCAACAAUCAUGGGAAACUUGGGGCAUUGGUGCAGCAUGAGGUCAUACCAAAGUCAGUGCUGACAAUUUCCAGUGAGUUUGACACCAAGGCCUUGGACAAAAAUCCCAGGUUUGGGCUGGCAAUUGCUCUCAAGCCCUAAAGGUUGUCUGCUAUUUGAUGAGGCAUUGUUUGAAUCCAAUUCUCAUUUGUUAUAUUUUUUUUUCUGGAUGGCACUUGGAAAGGAGUGUCAAUAAGUAGCUCCACAUAAACAUGUUUCGAGGAUCAUGAUGACUGGAUGAAUUGAUUUGAUUUUUAGUUUUACCGUGGUCCUCUAUUUGUAGGUGUUGGAGGCAUUUGAUACUUGCAUAGUCUACUCUUUUCCCGCAGAGAACUUUAAUUCUGAUUUAUGGGAAUUUUGGCCAAUUGCAUUUA